CACACACACACACACACACCCAGAUUGAUAUAAUUGAUUCCCUCCCCUCUCUCUCUCUCUCUCUCGGUCUCUCUCUCCCCAGUUGAUUAUCUGGCUGCAGUACUGAACAAUUAACAAUAUUGAUUUACUUUAAAUCAGUGUUCCAUCCAUCAAAGUAUCAAACCACCGGCCUGUUCCCUUGUCAAAUCUUACUCUCUGGUUUUGAGUUGUGAUCACAUCACAUAUAUAAUAGGGAAAAGUUAAUUAAUUGUGUAGAAGUGAGAAGAAAAGAAUGGAAGGAGGAGCAGGGAAUAAGCUGUUGUCCUUGUAUUUCAAUCUCAUGUUGAUUGUACAGCUACAGUUCUGGUCUUCGUUGCUACCAAUCUCCUACUCGGCUGCGAUCAGACAUCUUCCUGGCUUUCCAGGCCCUCUUCCCUUUGAGUUGGAAACCGGGUACGUGGGUGUGGGGGAGUCGGAAGAGGUGCAGCUGUUCUACUAUUUUUUGAAGUCGGAGAAGAAUCCAGAGAAGGACCCUCUUGUGAUUUGGCUCACGGGAGGUCCUGGUUGCUCUGCUUUGUCUGCUCUUCUAUAUGAGAUUGGCCCACUUUUCUUCGCGGUUGAUGAGGAGUACAACGGAACCCUACCCAAUCUCGUUUUGAAACCACACUCAUGGACGCAGGUGGCAAGCAUAAUCUUUAUAGACUCCCCUGUUGGGACUGGAUUCUCCUACUCUACAACCUCCCAAGGUUUUCAGACGGGCGACUUCAAAUCAUCUAAGCACCUAUACCAAUUCCUUACGAAGUGGAUGAUUGACCACCCAGAGCUUGUCAAUAAUCCAAUCUAUGUUGCUGGAGAUUCAUAUUCUGGCAAGAUCAUACCGCUUGUUGUUAAAGACAUAUCAGAUGGCAAUGAAGCUGGUAAUGAACCGUUUAUCAAUAUUAAAGGAUAUAUAAUGGGAAACCCUGUGACAGAUCCAGUUUUUGACAGCAACAAACAAGUGCAAUAUGCUCAUGGGAUGGGUCUUAUACCAGAUGAACUUUAUGAGUCUGUGAAGAGAAGUUGUGGAGGGAACUAUGUGCAAAUAGAUCCCACCAAUGUACUGUGUCAGAAGGAUAUGCAGUCAUUUUAUAAGUGUAUUUCAGGAUUAAACAUUGCACAAAUUUUGGAACCUUUAUGUUUUUUUGCAUCCCCAAAACCUGAAGAGAUGGUCGGAGAUAGAAGAUCUCUUAAGCAGAAAAAUAACGAGUUCCUCGAUCCAAAACCGAUAAAACCUAUUCCUACAGAUCGCUGUAGGAGUUUUGAUUACUUAUUGGCAUAUUCGUGGGCGAAUGACAGUAGAGUUCGUAAUGCUCUCCACAUCCGAAAGGGAUCCGUUGGGAAUUGGCAAAGGUGUAGCUAUGGAUUACCUUAUCAAUAUGAAAUCCAAAGCAGCAUUGAAUAUCAUGCAAAUCUCAGUAAGAAAGGUUUCCGAUCUUUAAUAUACAGUGGUGAUCAUGACAUGGCAGUGCCAUUCUUGGCAACUGAAGCAUGGAUAAAAUCUCUCAACUACUCUAUCGUUGAUGAAUGGAGGUCAUGGAUUGUUGAUGGCCAAAUAGGCGGAUAUACGAGGACCUAUUCCAACCGAAUGACAUUUGCUACUGUGAAGGGAGGAGGGCACACAGCUCCAGAGUACAAGCCUAAGGAAUGCUUUGCUAUGUUCAAGCGGUGGAUUUCUGAGGAUCCUCUGUAACUACAUUAAGUUUCAGAGCAUUAAAACUACUUACACAGCUCUGCUUGGCCAAAUAAAGCGAGGAGUGAGUAGGGGCCCUCACUUCAUGUCUCUUGUUGUAUACCUAUUAAUACAAUGCCUUAGAACACAUUAUAUUCCCUUUGUAUUUUAAUCCAUUACAAGACGAUGAUGAGUUCAUAUAAGAAUAACAUUGCAUUUGAUCAAUGUAAGUUACUUCUAUUCUAUCAAUAAGAACUUAGACUUGGUUC